AUGGAGCUAGGGACCGUUUUCCUAUGUUUUGCUUGUUUUGUCUCACCACAAUUCUCACUAGUGUCGGCUAGGGGUGUUAAUAAGACCUUUGACAUGGUAAGGAAUGAGAUAUCCGAUCAUCAAGUUGAAGCGAACAAAAUCAUGGACUUCUUAAUAAAAGGACCAGGAAAGCAUCAGGUUUACAACAGACUUGCAACAUUUGUUGAUACGUUUGGCAGUCGAGUCGCAGGCUCUGCCAAUCUGGAGCAUGCUAUAGAUUACAUGCUAAAUGAGCUGAAAGAGGACAAACUUGAUAAUGUACAUGGUGAAGAAGUGAAUGUAACACACUGGGUGCGUGGUAAGGAAUCAGCCCAAAUGAUUAUGCCAAGGAAUCACUCUCUGGCCCUGCUUGGCUUGGGAGGUAGUGUGGGUACUCCGCCUGAAGGUAUUACUGCGGAAGUUUUGGUGGUGAGCUCAUUUGAUGAACUUCAUGCCAAGGCCUCAGAGGCUAAGGGUAAAAUUGUGGUUUUUAAUGAGAAGUGGAUUAGUUAUGGGAAGACAGUGGUUUAUCGAGUAUAUGGCGCUGCAGAGGUGGCCAAAGUUGGUGGUCUUGCCUCCCUUAUCCGUUCUGUGACUCCAUUUUCUAUCAACAGUCCUCAUACUGGCUGGCAAGAAUACGAAGAAGGAGUGAAGAAAAUCCCCACAGCCUGUAUAACAAUAGAAGAUGCAGAAAUGAUGGCAAGGAUGGCAGCAAGAGGAACAAAAAUAGUUGUCAACUUGAAAAUGGCAGCCCAAAAUUUGCCGCCUGUAAUUUCAAGGAACACUGUUGCUGAAAUAAAAGGAAGCGUGUAUCCAGAACAGAUGGUUCUUGUUGGCGGUCAUUUAGACAGCUGGGAUGUCGGUCAAGGCGCAAUGGAUGAUGGGGGAGGUGCAUUCAUUUCCUGGCAAGCACUGUCAGUAGUUCGACAAUUAGGCCUCAAACCGAAACGUACCUUACGCAUGGUGCUAUGGACAGGAGAAGAAGAGAAGGUCCUCGGAGGAGACCAGUACUUUAAUCGUCACAAGGAAAAUGCAGGAAACUUCAGCUUGGUGAUAGAGUCUGAUUAUGGAACAUUUAAACCUUUAGGGAUUGUCUUUCACGGCAGUGAAAAAGCAGUAGCUGUUAUGAAGGAGGUAGUAAGACUUUUGAAGCCAAUUAACGCCACCAAUGUCAGAGCUGUUGUUCCUAAUGAGGAUAUCGGCCUUUGGGUCCGACAUGGGGUACCAGGUGGAGGCUUGGACAACGAAAACAGUAAAUACUUCUAUUUUCACCACUCAAAUGGUGACACCAUGACUGUUCAGGACCCUGAUGACAUGGACCUGUGUGCUGCAGUGUGGACUGUUGUGGCUUACACUAUUGCCGAUCUAGAUGAAAUUCUGCCACGAGAUUAA